GGCAGGAGUUUGCUUUGGGUGAAAUGAGCCUUGAGGACGUGGGGCUGACUGCUUAUUGGCCAGUCUGCUGCUCGGAGCGCGUUUAUUGGCUGUGAGAGUUUGAGGAGGCGGGGCGAAGGGUGUCAUCGCUAUGGGAACUCGUCAACUGAGUACAGAAGACAGGCAAGGACAGCAAGACCUCGAUAAGACCGAGUCUGAGUACUAUGAUUAAUGUUUAUCAUGAUUAGGGCUGCCUCGAAUUUAUUAGUACAGAUGGUAUGUUUUCUGCCCAGUCUUCUCGUUUUCUCCAGUAAACUAGGCUUGUGAUACAUCGCUGAAUAUGUCUGCACCACCUCUCUGAAUCCGGUAUAGGUGGUGGGAGGCUGUGUAAGUGGUUAGAAGAUGCCCCUCGCCCUUAGAGAGACACCCAGCACUAAGAUGCAAACCAAGCGGAGUGCCUGGACACCACUGAACCACAACCUGAUCAACAACCAUGUUUUUGAAGAAAGAAGAAAUCUGCUUGGGAAGUGGUUUGAUAAGUGGACCGAUAGCCAAAGGAAGCAGGUGCUGCAAGACUUCUUUUCCCGAUGCACCGCGGGCCAGCUGAAGUAUCUCAGGCAGACUCUGUGCAGUCAGGUGCCUGAGGAAGCUCUGGACUUCACUAAUGUUCUCCCCCGCAUCAUAUCUCUAUACAUCUUCUCAUACCUGGACCCCAGGAGCCUUUGUAGAUGUGCACAGGUUAGCUGGCACUGGAAGAGCUUGGUAGAGCUGGACCAGCUGUGGAUGCCAAAAUGUCUGAGACUUGGUUGGUGUAUAACCUUCGCUCCUACGCCAUUUGAGCAAGGUGUGUGGAAGAGGCACUAUGUUGAGACAGUGCAGGGGCUUCACGUAAGCAGACCCAAGACACCUGCGAAGGAAGAGUUCAUAGUUCCUGAGGUGAGGGUGAUCGGCAGUGAGAUGGGCGAGUUGUCAGAGGAGACCGGCUGCCGAAAUCAGGGGCCCAGUCAGCGUGGGCGGAGUUUAAGUGGGUGUGGCUCAGUGACAAAAGGACUUCCUCCAUGGAGGGACUCAGACAGGCACCCCACGGACACAAUACGCUUCAACUACUUGGAGAACCUUGACCCAAUUGAGCAUGCACGACAAGCACAAGCAAGAAGCAGAAGAGCUAAUCCCAACACAACAACGCAAGAGAACACAAAGAAGAAAGCCCUGUCUGCCUCGUCGUACCGGCUGCGCAAAGCCAAAUCUUUGAUGUUCUUAUCACUGGACCGUGGGGCAGACGCUAAGAGAAGACAGAGCCGGCCGCAGUGGGCGACGCAAAGUUUAGCGUCUCUCUCGGCCAGUAAAGACCCGGAAAAGAGGCUCGGUUCAAGCCAAUGGAAUGCUGGGAUACGGCCAGGUCCAGUAAGGCCACCAGUGCCUAAACUGAGUGAGGAGGGGCUUCGAGUGUCUCAGAGAUCCCAUAGGAGCACACCAACAGUGGCCCUGCUUGAAGGACAGCCUUGAAGGACUCCAGCCUCAGAGGAAGACUGACACAUGCUGCCAUCUGGUGGAUCAUAUCAUAACUACAAAGUUUACAUUUAUCACAGGAGUACAAAGUUGUAAUUUCAUGUAUCUCAUAAUUAUUUAACUUGAAGUGUCAUUGGGGGGGGAAACCCAGCAGUGAAUGUAACCCUCCAAGAAAGAUUUUAAUAUUGAUGUUACUCGCAAUUCAUAAUCACAAAUCUUAAAAGCCACAGAAAUAAAAAACGUGCUAGACUAGUAUUUAUGUGAUUUUGUCUCCUAGAUAAUGCUGUGUAUUUUUGACCGCACAAAUAUUGUUCUGAAUUAUUAUUUUUUUUAAUGGUCUUAGUUUUACUUGUUUAACAGAAAUUAUGUUAGAAAUUGUCAUUACCUUCUAUGGCCACUAGAUGCCACUGUCUGUCUUGUAAACCCUCUGCUUCCCUGUUUCCUAACGCAUCACUGCUGGAAACUAUUGUACUCAUAGAUUUGGCCUGUAUAGAGUAGAAUUGUUCAUUUUUCAGACCUGUUUAAAUCCACGCUCUUACCUUAAUGGCAUGUUUUGAUCAAAAGAUUGUGACAGCUAUGGGAAAUUGAGAGAAUUAAAUAAAGCGUUAUUGCAAGCUAAUACAUAG